AUGGUGAAAAAAAUUAAAAGUGAAAGAAAAUAUGGAGUUCAAAUCCUGACACCAUUACAAAGGCAGCGUUACGGAAAGGGUAAUAGCCCAGUACGAGGAACUUCUAGAAAAAGAAAUUCUCGAAAUCGUUGGAGAAAUAAUGUGGUACCGUACAUGCUUUCAGCGCAAUACAGCAAAGAGCAGAAAAAGACCAUUCGCGAUUCGUUGGCAGCUCUAGAAAGAGUGUCUUGCUUUCGAUUUGUUGAUCGUGGAAUGGAACUUGAUUUCUUGAUGAUCGCACCUUUAGAUGGGUGCUAUUCGUAUGUGGGCAAAAUUGGAGGUCAACAAACACUUUCGCUUGCCGUGGACUGCAUAGCUGACUACAUCAUUUGGCAUGAAGUAAUGCAUGCCCUCGGCUUUGAGCAUGAACACCAAAGACCCGAUAGAGACGAUUUCAUAAAAGUAGAGUACCGUAACGUGCAAGCUGGUCAGCUUGCGAAUUUUGAAAAACUCGCUCCUUAUGAGGUCGACUACAAUGAUAGCUACGAUUACAAGUCGAUCAUGCACUAUGACUCACAUGCCUUCGGUCGUAGAGAUCCCAGCUCAAACGUCCGACUUGCCACCAUGAUACCACUCAGGAAAGGUAUCAAUCUCAUAGACAAUUUGCAAAUGUCACCAGCUGAUAUCCGAAGGUUAAAAGAGCUGUCGAACUGCAAAGUUUCCAAAGGUAAAAGCAAUGAGAAUGUGAUUGAAAAGGACAGCUUUUCAUGCGAGGAUAGAGGAAGAAAUUGCGAAAGACUUGAGAGGGAUGGUUUUUGUUCCAAGAGUUUCUACCGCAAGGCUAUGCUCAAGAAUUGCGCAGCAACUUGCCGCCUAUGCAACGAAGGAAUCAUGAAUGCCCCAGAUGAACGAGUAACAGCAUUGAAAUCAGAGGAUAAGAUUGAGUCUCUACCAUGCGAGGACAAGGUUCUUCUAACUCUGUUGUAG